AACGGUACUUUGCAAUGAAAACUAAUUGAUAAUGCUGCGGUACCCGAGGGGAGCACAUUAGAGCCGUGUUGCUGCGUCAGUGUAGAGUAGAAUGCUUUUCAAUACAACCACCCAGUCUGGCUUGUAUGUGAAGUACAAAAAUAGUACCCCGAAGUGCUAUUUUUACUCCCGGGCUGUGUUUAUGCAGGUGCUAUUUUUCUUGCACAGAAGUUUGGUUUUCUUAUUCUUUUUUUGCAUAUAAAAUGACAAACCCUUUGCGCUACAGAGCUCUUUACCAACUUGAUUGUUUUUUUGAGGUUUUGCAAAGUUAAAUUUGGGGGGGUGUCAGUAAGGUAAAAGGGGAGGGCUGCCUUGGUGUCAUUUGAUCGGCCAUGGGCUUUGAAGAUCAGAAAGCUUACACAGCUGGGCCUACGGAGAACACAUAGGUUUGCGAGUCAGCGGCAAAAGGGCUUGUUUCUUGGCAGCGGAAUUAAAGGGAAUUGUAGGGAGCGCGCGUACAACUGAAUAAAAAAACACAAUAUUGGUCGGACAUACUGACAUCGCAGAGGAUGCAUGCUAACCGGUAAUCAGCGAGUCUCAGAAGUUUUCCCGUGUCUCAACUGGAUAUACAAUAAGUCUAUACUGGACUUAUACUUCUGGAUCAAAAUCGACAAGUGGAUUUGACAAUCGUUUUUGUGAAUGUUAUCCAAAACGUUCAGGUAACGUCUACACUUUUCUGAAGCAGGAAGCUUUUACUUUCUGUGUCAACCAUGGGGCUGGGAAUACAGCUUUUUCUCAGUUUGGUGAUGCUUACGACUUCACAGAUACUGGCGGUCAGCUUUCCUGAAGAUGAUGAACCCAUUGACACUGUAGACUACCACUAUUCAAGGCAAUAUCCUGUAUUCAGAGGACGUCCUUCAGGCAACGAGUCUCAGCACAGGCUGGACUUUCAGCUGAUGGUGAAAAUUCAAGACACACUUUUCAUAGCUGGCAGGGAUCAGGUCUACACUGUAAGCCUAAAAGAAUCAUACAGGAAUGAAAUCAUCCCUUACAGGAAAUUAACAUGGAGAUCCAGGCAACAAGACAGGGAAAACUGUGCCAUGAAGGGAAAGCACAGAGAUGAAUGCCAUAAUUUCAUAAAGGUUUUCGUUCCAAGAAAUGAUGAUCUGGUUUUAGUCUGUGGCACAAACGCUUUUAACCCCAUGUGCAGAUACUACAGAUUGGACAACCUGGAAUUUGACGGUGAAGAAAUUAGUGGUUUGGCAAGAUGCCCAUUUGAUGCCAAACAGACCAAUGUUGCCAUCUUUGCUGACAGCAAACUCUACUCUGCAACGGUCGCAGAUUUCCUGGCAAGUGAUGCAGUCAUAUAUCGCAGCAUGGGAGACGGAUCAGCCUUGAGAACAAUAAAAUAUGAUUCCAAGUGGUUAAAAGAGCCCCACUUUCUACAUGCCUUAGAGUAUGGGAAUUACGUGUACUUCUUCUUUAGAGAAAUAGCAGUGGAACACAAUAAUCUGGGGAAGGCUGUGUAUUCCAGAGUGGCACGCAUAUGUAAAAAUGACAUAGGUGGCUCCCAAAGAGUACUGGAAAAACACUGGACCUCAUUUGUUAAGGCUCGCCUCAAUUGCUCUGUUCCUGGGGAUUCAUUUUUCUAUUUUGAUGUUCUGCAAUCCAUCACAGACAUAAUAGAAAUCAAUGGCAUCCCCACUGUUGUUGGCGUAUUUACCACACAGCUUAAUAGCAUUCCAGGAUCUGCUGUGUGUGCUUUCGGCAUGGACGAUAUUGAAGCCGUGUUCAGUGGCAGAUUUAAAGAACAAAAAACUCCAGACUCUGUUUGGACAGCUUUUCCUGAAGAUAGAUUACCUAAACCGAGGCCUGGCUGCUGUGCAGGACAUGGUCUGGCAGAGUCUUACAAAACCUCCAUUGAUUUCCCCGACGAAACCCUAUCCUUCAUCAAAUCCCAUCCUUUGAUGGAUUCUGCCGUCCCAUCCGUCACUGAGGAGCCCUGGUUCACAAAGACUCGCAUCAAGUACAGGCUCACUGCAAUUGCAGUGGACAAUUCGGCAGGUCCUUAUCAAAACUACACAAUACUUUUUAUUGGCUCCGAAGCAGGCGUGGUCCUCAAAGUCUUGGCGAAGACUCCCCUUUCUCUGAAUAACAGCGUUUUACUGGAAGAGAUUGAUGUCUUUAACCAUGGAAAGUGUCUAUCCAACAGCGAGGAAGACCGAAAGAUCAUGUCACUUCAGUUGGACACAGAUAAUCAUGCCUUGUUUGUGGCCCUUUCAAGCUGUGUGAUCAAGAUUCCACUCAGUCGCUGUGAACGUCACGGCUCCUGUCAAAAGUCUUGUAUCGCAUCACGGGAUCCAUAUUGUGGCUGGAUGGCUGACGGAUCAUGUGAAAGGGUCCAACCGGGUAUGAUCUCUGGUUAUGAACAAGAUGUGGAACAUGGCAACACCAUGCGACUUGGCGAUUGUCAUGAAUUUGUGGCUACUACAGCUACGCCAGAUUACAAAACAUUUGGCGACCCAACAUCUGACAUGGCGUUGUCAUCACCCCCUGUCACCACAAUGGCAUCUGGCCCUAUAGUUUCACCAAAAGCCAUUGGCCCUCUGUUACCUGAACUGAUUGGUUCACGGAAAUUUGUGCUCCAAGAUGAUCCUGACACUUCUGAUUUUUAUGAUCCAUUAUCAGGGGUCCCAAAGGGUGUGUGGGAGGUUCAGUCAGGAGACUCCAAUCAGAUGGUUCACAUGAAUGUCCUGAUCACCUGUGUUUUUGCUGCUUUCCUCCUGGGAGCUUUCAUAGCUGGUGUGGCAGUUUACUGUUACAGAGAUGCUUUCUUACGAAAACCCAGGAAAAUUCACAAAGAUGCUGAAUUGGCUCAGUCUUGCACAGACUCAAGUGGAAGCUUUACAAAAAUAAAUGGAUUGUUUGAUAGUCCAGUUAAGGAAUACCAGCAUAAUAUUGAUUCGCCUAAGCUGUACACAAGCUUAUUGAGUAAUGGGAAAGAAAUGCCGACAAAUGGAGACACAAAGACGAUGAUAUUGAGCAGCCAUAGUCAACCUCCAGAACUAGCUGCUCUUCCAACUCCCGAGUCUACCCCAGUUCUUCAGCAGAAAAGCAUGCAGCCUAUUAAGAAUCAGUGGGAGAAAGCUCAUAAUGUAAAGGUUUCGAGAAAGGAAUCUCCUCUCAAAAGCCCUCAGUAUUUUCCAUCUAGUCCUCCGCCUCACUCCCCUAUUGGACAUGGACAUAUUCCAAGUGCUGUUGUUCUUCCGAAUGCUACCCAUGACUACCGUGCUUCCUUCUCAAAUCCAGAUUUCCACAGAUCGGAAAGGAAAAUGCAGAAUAUUGAUCAGCCUGCAUGUGGAAAAUCAAGCAAAAAAGACCACAGACGAUCUGUGGAUGCAAGGAAUACCCUGAAUGACCUUCUGAAACAUUUAAAUGAAACAAACAGCAAUCCAAAAGCUAUACUUGGAGAAGUCCCCAUGCCCCACCAAAGCCUGCCACUGGACCCGAUGACAGAGAUGCCACCUAAAAUUCCUAGUAGAGAGGCUUCUCUUUAUUCUCCCUCUUCCACUCUUCCAAGGAACAGCCCGACUAAACGGGUUGAUGUGCCCAGUACUCCAACAACACCAACAAUACCAAUGAACACAUUAGAAAGACAGAGGGGCUAUCACAGAAAUUCUUCACAAAGGCACUCAAUGUCUGGUCUGCCUAAAAACAUUAACUCACCAAACAGUGUGGUAUUGUCAAGACAACCUAGUGUGAACAGAGGGGGAUAUAUUACUCCCAACCCCCCAUCUAGAUUGGACUCGCAUGCAACACCAAUUGGUGUUCAUUCUCAACCCUCCUUAUCCAGACAGAGCAGCUACACAGGGCAUGGCUCACUUCCACGUACUGGAAUCAAGAGGACACCCUCCAUAAAACCAGAUGUUCCUCCAAAACCCAAUGGGUUUGUUCCUCAGACUACUCCAAUGAGACCAGUAAACAAAUACAGCUACUAAAGUUUCUGUUCACAUUGCAAAAGACCCAGGUGUGGUUGCAUCCUACCGAGAGUUGUUACUGAUGUUGUAGGAAGGUAAGACUGUAUGGAAAGGUGGAAAAGCAAGUGGCCAAAGAAGCUACUUCCAACAGCCUCCUCUUUUUUUUUUUUGCAAACUAUGCCAGGAGGACAGCAAGUUUUCUGUUUCAGUACGAGGACAAGAGGUUGUCGUGACUUGUGUUGCACGCAAGUCUGGAGCCGAGGAAAAACACAAGUGCAUGGAGGGACUUAAUUGUUCGUUUUAUGCCAAUUUUGGCAUUCUAAAUUACCAUGCAAGAAUACUUGAAUGGGUUCCAUUAUUCACUGCCACUGAGCAUUGUCUUCCCAUUUAAAUGUGAACUCUUUUUUUUGGGGAAAAAAAAAAAAAGUAUGCAUUUGUCAGACCGCUUGGCCAAAAUAUCAGAAACUAUAAUAUUUCCAUGAUGUUUUGAAUUACAAGCAAAUGUGCUUUGACACUGAAAAAUGCAUUAAUGGACAACUUGUAGCAAAGAAGUUUCAUUUGUGGCAAAAAGUCUGUCGCAAACCUAAUGCUAACCCUGUGUACAGUUUAUAAAUGUACGCAAUAUGAUGCACUUACAACAUUUGUGCAGUGAGAAUAUUUAGAAGGUGCACACUGAUCCUAAAUCAAUCCAUUAGUACCACAUUUUAUAUAGAUAACAACUUGGGCCAAUCUAUGUCUCAUUACCAUUCAGGGAGAACUUACUAGGACUUGUGUUUUAACUCCCUGGACAUUUCUAAAGUACAUUUGUUUUGCUGCUAUUGUUUUUAUAUAUAUAUAUAUAUAUAUAUAUAUAUAUAAAAUAUAUAAUAUAUAUAUAUAUAAAAAAUGCGUGUGUGCACUUAGUACCUAGCUGUGGUUCUCCAUUGUACAAACAUUUUACUACUCCAAGACUGUCAAGAAGACACUGUGAAGCAGAGUUCCUAGUCUUAAUGGCCAAGGGCUUUUAGUAUAGAAUUAGGCACUGCCUUUGUGAGGGCAAGGCAGCGCAGUGUGUACAUGCACAAGCCUUUCACCAUUUGAGGCCUGGGUUAGCCUCAAUGGACAUUACAAAACCACCACAUCAUUUGUCAAAUGACAGCCUCUUCAGCUAGUGCCAUUGUCCCUCACAUUUUACUAGCUAGAAAGAAAUAGCCCACUGCCUUUGUACUAAAAUCAUAUAUAUGUUGAAAAUGUAAGUGCUUCUUUUCUUUGCUCUCAAAACAAUCAGUGUCUAGCAGCUACCCAUUAGGUAUUAGAGUAGUGCAAUCGUUUAAAAAAAUAAAUAAAUAAAUAACAAGGUGUCCCCAAGAGUCAUGCAGGUAAUGACCAUGUUCUGUAAAUAUAUUUUUGUGAGUUUACCUGAAUCUGUGCAUUGUGUGCCUUAUUCGACGAUCACUACCAUAACUGCUGAACAUUCGUCUUCUUGAGCAUUCAUAUUUGUGUGCCAGGUAUACAUUUUUCUAAAAAAAUAAUAAUAAUAAAACACUACCCAAAAAAAGUAUAUCCACAAAUAAAGCAACGUUAGAUAGAAACAUUCCAUUUUACAAUGAUAAUGGGUCAAUCUAUCGUAGCUAUCAAAAGAUUAAUUACAUUUCCUUUUUACAGAAUGAAUUUUAAAAAAGAUCACCUUUUUGCUUUCAGCUCUUGCACAGUUGAAGUAUAAUUCAGUGAAUGUAAAACACUAAUUACAGGGAGUAGUAUGUUAAACUGAGUGCUUAAGACGGACACAAACUACAUGAAACUAAGAUGUUACCUUCUUUGUUUUGUAGGUUUCUGUAAAACUAAAUACAACCAUCUAAUUAGAUUUUGUCAAAGGGGCCUCUUGGUCACCCAAUUACAGAACGCAUGUGUUUUAAUACAUGGAUAAACAAGGCUGGGAAAGUACAUUGAAAACAUUCAGUUAAAUAGAAUGAUUGGAUGCACAUGCACGGAGGGCUUAUUCAGUGUUUCCAAAUAGUAAAAAAAAAAAAAAAAUUAUCUAAUUAAACCUUAAGGGUUCUAAGAUUGCAAAUACGUUUGCCUGUAUGUGCCCAAAGUUCAACUGUGUUUACAAGACAUUUUCUGUUAUUUAUUGAAGAAAAAAAAAACAUUCAUCAAGUCGCAGUUGUUAGUACUGUACUUCCUUGAGUACUAAGUUACGUACAAAGUGAAAGCUGCACUGUACUUGUGUACUCUGUUGAAAGGUUUGUAAUGUUGAACUGCCUUGUAUAUUGCAAUGUGAAUUCAAACAGUCUUUAUGUUGCAAUUUGACUAUUCAAGCCUAUUCAUUAAGAUGCUUUGUGUGCGAAGAAUAAACCCAAGCUGUCAACUUUUGUUUUUAGUACAGUGCAAAUUCAGAGCUGACAUUCAGUUGUUUGUGUAUGUCCUGUGGAGUACUUUAACAUGUGUAGAGAUCUUGUAAACUUGUACUGUGAAUGUGUAAAUAAUUACUUUUUUUUUUUUUUUAACACAGCAUGUAAAGUAAAAAAUAAAAUAUUACAGUGCAGAACAUAA